AUGUCUUUGAGGUUCCUUCGGUCAACUUCAAGUGUCAUUGAAUGCCACGUUGUUCUUCUUGAUAACUCACAGUUUGUCACAACAUUUGACCAAAAGGCAGUCGUAGGAAGAGAGCUUUUCGAUAGAGUGUGCGACAGACUUUUAGUUCCUGCAGGUAGUAGGCAGUAUUUUGGUCUACAGUUCAUAGAUGGCGCUGAUGGAGAUGUCAACUGGCUACAUCUGGACAAAGAAAUCCGUCGACCCAGAAAAUCAAAUCAGGUUAUGUACCAGUUUGCAGUGAAAGUAUUUCCCUUUCUGGGAGAAGUCAACCUAGUCUUGUACGUUUUUGUCUAAGAAAACGUCAACUUUCCCGACUAGUUGUCUCCGUUCAAGUUGGACGGGCAUUCAUUUGUUGCGUCAAUCGACGGCUUCUUCGCGCAAGCCAUGCUUGGAGAUUUCAUCCCCAAGCAACACAAGGCGGGUUAUUUAGAAGCUCUACUCGGAUUGUUUUACUGUCCUCCAACAGGUAUAAACUCCGAUGGGGAGAUAAGCGAGGAGAAUUAUGAGCUUAUGGUGCGGGAUUUGCAUAAAUCUCACCGCGGGAUGACGCGAGAGGAUGCUGUCUCGCAUGCGCUCGAUAUUUGUAAAGAGUUACCCAACUAUGGUGCCUGUGUGUACUAUGGAGGCACCGAUCUGGACAGUGGGGAUGAAGUUGUUUUCUGUGUUUCAAUUUACGGAAUGCGCAUCUGUCAGCCAAAGAACGAGUUUACUGAAGUCGGCGAAGUAUGCCACUCCUUCAACUGGCGUGACAUUAUUUCCAUGUUGUGUGACAACUCAAAGUUCUACAUUCACCUCACGGGAUCCGGUGACAACGAAGGUGAAAACAUGACGUGUCGCGCGUUUCGUUUCAGCAAAGGUUUGUACGGUUACAAGGUCGCCCAGCGCCUCCGAGAAGACGCCGAAAAUCACCAAAAGUUUUUCCUUGAAGACAAUCCUGAAAGAGCGACUAUCAUGAGAAGCCUCUCCUUGGAUGUGAAAUCCUUGAACAGGAUUCGUAGUCUGCGUUCAAGAUCAGUAGGAUCAGGCCGCCAGUUUCUUGGGGCUAAAAUGACACUUCCUUUUAAGAGACAAACAUCGAAUUAA